AUGGGUAGCAGGUUAAAGGAUUCAAUAUUGCGCAUCACUCGCCCUAUUCUUCUCCAACACCGUUCAUCCAACUUCCUAAUCCUCCUCGUCGUAUGCGCCGCCGUCUUCACCGACAUAUUCCUCUACGGCAUCCUCGUGCCCGUUCUCCCAUUCGCACUCACCGAUCGAGUCGGCGUAGCACACGACGAAAUCGCCAAAUGGAACGGCAUCUUGCUCGCCUUGUACAACCUAGGCUUAUGCGUCGGUAGUCCCGUCUUCGGCUUCUACGCCGACUACACGUCUUCACGGCGUUUGCCCUUUCUACUCGGUCUACUAGCACUUGCGGCCGCGACGCUCUUACUAUGUCUAAGCAAAUCAAUUGCUUUAUUUGCCACUGGCCGAGUUCUUCAGGGUAUUAGUGCGGCGAUAUGUUGGGCUGUAGGUCUGGCAUUGCUGGCUGACUCGAUGAAGGAGAGGAUUGGCUGGGCAAUGGGAUGGGUGAAUUGGGCUAUGACGGCGGGGUUUUUGUUGUCUCCGAUUUUGGGGGGCGUUGCAUAUGCUAGGGCUGGAUAUUUCUCGGUUUAUUAUAUGGCGUUUGGGUUGAUUGUGUGUGAUGUGGUGCUGAGGCUGAUCUUGGUGGAGAGAAAGGUUGCGAAGAGGUGGGAAGGGGUUGAUCAGGAUGCUGAGGAUACGACUGACCACAGUCGUCGUGAAGAUGUUGUAAGCACUGCAGAUGUCGAUACUGACUACGGGGCGAUUGAACAACAGGUGAAUGAGCCGGAGGGUAAAGGUGCGGCACGUGCCUAUUGGAGUUUGAUCAAGUCGAGGCGACUUCUUGCAUCGCUGCUUGGAUGCAUUAUGCAGUCUGCAUCAAAAUUCGCCUUUUAUACCGUAGUGCCACCCUUUGCUGACAAAACAUUUCACUGGGACUCGCUCGCAUCCGGCCUCAUCUUCCUCUGCGUCUUCCUCCCAGGAUUUCUCUCUCCCCUGGUAGGCAUGCUCUGUGAUCGGUAUGGGACCAAAUGGCUCUCAUGCACAGGCUUUGCCAUUUCCAUUCCGAUAUUCGUAUGUCUGCGUUUUGUCACAUCAAACACAAUCUCGCAAAAGGUGCUUUUCGGCGUGCUACUGACCCUUAUGGGUGUUGCGUUGACUCUGUCCAGCACACCGCUCAUGGCGGAGAUUACAUAUGUUAUCGAGGAGAAGGAGAAAAGGCAGCCUGGGAUAUGGGGCGUAAAGGGCGUUUACGGGGUUGCCUUCGGGCUAUUUACGACGUCGUUUGCGCUUGGGGGCGUCAUUGGGAGUUUCAUGGCUGGAUAUUUAUAUGAAGGGCCGGGCUGGGCGACAUUUGGAUGGGUUUUCGGGGUGUGGUGUACGGGAGGGGCAUUGAUAUGUGGCCUGUUUGUGGGGAGAGACGGGUGGAAAGGGGGUGUGACUGAGACGGUUGCAGCAUCGUGA